AUGAUUCAAGAAGCAGGAUCCAAGAAGAUAACACUAAAGGACUACGAGGCCCUGAACACCAUCAUCUCCAGCUCCCAGCCCCCUGCUCUGGUCGUAGCAGUCAAGGCAUUUUCCUUCCGUAAGAGAACACACUGGCUGCUGACAGGUGGCAUGGAUUGAGUGAUUCGAGUCUGGAGCCCUUCCCUACCUGGAAAACCAACAGGUCUGCUGAGAAGCCACAGGGCUCCAGUGAUCUACGUCCACGUGUCCGCAGAGGAUGACAAAACAUCUCCCACCUCCGCCGCCAACAGCACCGCGAAGGUCUUUCCUCUUUUGUGUUGGCUGCAUUGUCUAAGAUGGUCUCUGGCAGAGAAGGUGUUCCUGCCGGUUUCACAGCUUGAGGGGCCUGUGCCUAGGUGGAGGCUCAAACGAUGUCUGCACCCGCGAGUUUGCUUUGGAAAAGGAGGACAGACUCAAAGGAGGGGAAGCAGCCCCAUCAAGAACUUUCUGUAUUUGCCUGUGCUGCUCCAGAGGGGUGCGGACCUGCCACUGGCUCCCCGUCUAGCCUUGUAUUCGCCCUUCAACUUGGAUCCGGGGCCUGGGGACCUACACCUGUUUGUGCACAGCCUCAUCCAGGUGAGCUGCAUCAAGGGGGAGUUCUCCGCCUGCCUCUUCCUCCCAGCACGGGCCCUAUGCGUGGCCUCAGGUGCUGUGGCACACCUGCACCUGAGACUGAGAUCUGCCCGGAAGCCUCAGCUGGUGCUUUCCCUCCAAGAGCCCGUGAGAUGCUGCAGGUACAACCCAGCCUUGGGGCACACGACAGGAAGAGAGUUGUCUGAAUUUAUUGGGGCUCACAGCGAUGCUGGGAUCGCUUGUCUGACCUUGGACUCCAGUGGAAGAAGGCUCUGUUUCCUAGGCAGGGACGGCUGUCUGAGAAUAUGGAGUUACAACGGGCGCUACCUGCACACCCUGAAGCACAGCAAGUCACUUCCUUCUAAGGGUGAAGUCCGUGAUUGCACCUACAUGGAGGUGAACCAAAAUAGGUGUAUCAUAGCUGUUGGAUGGGACAGAAGAAUAAAUGUGUACUUUGACUCACCAUGUGACUUGCAUCACUUCUGGGAGCCACAACCAACUGGCAAGCACUGGUCUUCCAAAAUCCAUUUUGGUAACCAGGAAGACAUCCUGUGUGUGGCCCAAUGCCCACCCUUUCUCCUUGCCACCUCCAGUUAUGAUGGGGAGAUUGUCAUUUGCAAUGUCAUCUCAGGCCACAUCAGCAAGUUGAAUGGUCCCAGCCCCUCAGAGGGCCUGGACCAUGGAGAAGAAGGCCCAGACGGCGGUGUCUCCUGCCUCGCCUUCCUGAAGAUGCAGGUGGCCAAGUUGGACUUGCCGGCUGCUUCACUCAUGGCCAACGGGCCCAGAGGUUCCACCACCCUCUGGAGGCUGUUUGUUAGGGCCGGCCUCAUUGCACGCUUCGUCCCUACUGCAGGCUCCAGGCCUGUAGCUUUAUUCCCCUUCAUGGGGGUCCUAUCUCUCCCUGGAGGAUUAAUAGCCACAGAGCAUUAUGGUAAGUGCAGCUCUUACCAUCAACUGGAUAUAGCAUUUCCCUCACGGUUACCCAGCAGGCAAUUUUCAUCCAGAAUGAGCCGUGCGUGUGUGUGUUUAAGUUGUGUGUGUGUGUUUAACAACCGUGUAUAUGUGUCUGUGUAUGCCUUUAACAAGCUGUGUGUGUGUGUGUGUGUGUGUGUGUGUGUGUCUCAGGCUGGAGGGAGAGCUCAGAUCAGCAGCAUGGCCGUGAUGGCAGAGGACAGCCUCACCUACCUGGCUGACCAGCAAGGCUUCAUCCGUGACUACGGACUGCAGGGACCGGAACGACAGCCUCCCCAGACUGUCACGUUCUGGAGGGCCCACGUCAGCCCAGUGACACGACUGGAGCUGAUAACAGGAGACAAAAUGCUGCUGUCAUCCUCUCUGGACCGCACUGUGCGCAUGUGGAGCUGGGAGAGGGCGUACGUAGGUAAGGAAGCUCCACCUGGCCUCCAGCUUGCCCCUGGUUCAAGGCCAUUGAGACAGGAAUUCUCGGAGGUGCUGUGCUUUCGUCUUCUCCGGCUCGCCAGCCCAAACCCCUGGGAUAUUUUCACGCCUGCCUCCUAGAGCAACCCCAGAGUCCCGGGUGAAAUUUUGACAGAUCCACAGAGCAUGCCUGCUCACCCAGGGCUGCAAGGAGAUGUGCUUUCUGGGCCCUCGAGGAUCACACAGGAGCAGGACAACAGUGGGGAGUAA